AGGACCCAUCGGCAUAGAUAUGCGGUGUCCUCCGUAACCUGGUUUUCUUUCGAUACGGGCAUGUUUGUGACCGGCAGCUAUGAUGCGAGUGUACGUGUCUGGGACACGAACACCAUGACGGAUGUUUAUAGCUUUGAUCUGGAAUCCCGCGUCAAUUCUGCGGUCAUGUCGCCCAUUGCGGACCAUUGCCUGAUUGCGACAGCGGCAGCGGAACCACAAAUUCGACUGUGCGAUCUAAGAAGUGGCGCACUCACUCAUUCACUCACUGGGCAUCACGGUGCGGUAUUAUCAUGCGCAUGGUCACCACGGCAGGAACAUAUACUUUUUUCGGGAGGAAACGAUGGCACACUGAGAGUGUGGGAUAUUCGAAGAGCCGCCGCCUGCCUUAUGUCACUCGAUCAAGAUAACGCUGUGGAUCGGGAUCCGUUGGCUGAAACGAACUUGGCGCAUGGGAAAGGGGUGAAUGGACUCACUUUAUCAAAAGAUGGGACGUUCCUGGUGUCGCUGGGAUUAGAUGAAAAGAUCCGUUGCUGGGAUACCUACAGUGGACAUAAUACGUUGGUAAAUUAUGGAUCGUAUUUUCGAAACCGGUUUCAGUCCUGCCUUGAAGCAGUAGUGUCGGAUGCAGAUGUAUGGCCACCGCUUAUUUACGUUCCCAGCGAUGAUCAUCAAGUGCUUGUGUUUGGGUUAUUGGACGGACGGUUAAUGGCACGACUACGAGGUGCAUAUGGACGAGUGACCAGUAUCGAAAAACGGCCUGCUUAUCAGGAACUGUACAGCGGGUCCAAUGACUGUGAGAUUUUAGUAUGGGAACCUUCGUCGGUCAACGCGAGCACGACAGAGGCUAUCAGUGAGAAUAUGUUGGAUGCAUGGAGCGAGAGUGAAGAAGAGUCUUCCUAGACAAACAAUGGAACCAUUCCACUGCUUACACGAAAAAAAAAAAAAAACAAAGAAA